AUGAAGUUAUACUCAUACCUUGCGCUUGUCUCAUUGACAAUCACAUUGUUGUUGACAAUGUCAACAGCCACCCCAUCCAACUUGGGAAAGGUCUACUCAUUGUGGCACUGUGGAGUCGAUGCCUGCAUGUGGGAAGCCCCCGUCAACACCUCUUACUUGGACUGGGUGGUCAACCGUGGCGAUGGCAAACCAACUGCCAACCUGUUCAUCUUCUCAUUCCUCAACCCCAUCAACGUGCUGACCCAAGGUGUUGCCGCCGUUCCCCCUGCAAUCACCCUCCAACUCGUCCAAUACCUUCAGUCCAAGGGCCUGUCUGUGAUGUUCUCGAUCGGAGGUGAGUCAUGGUCGGGCGAGUGGGACGACGCCUUGGGCAAGGACCCUGUGACCCUCGGUUUGAACGCCGCCGCCAUCGCCAAACAGUUUGGCGUAGGCAUUGAGAUUGACUACGAGAACGAAGCCUCCACACCCAAGCUUGACGCAUUCGUCAAGGCAUACCGCUCCGUCUUCCCCAUGGACAACUCGACAUCCGCAGCAGACACCUCGCUGCUGACCGUGGACACUGGCGCCGGCACCGGCUACCUCACUUCCGUCUCCCUGUGGUCUGCCAAGUGGCUCGAGGAGGGCCUCAUCAACUGGAUCAACGCAAUGGUCACUUCCUCCCCAUACGGCUCGCUGCCCGACGCCACCCAGUACUGGGACGAGCAUCUGACUGGUGCCAGCUGGGCCAACAUCCCACCCAUCAAUCCAGAUCACCUGGUCGUCAGUCUCUACUCAUGCGACGGCUCGCCCAACUGCGACAGCUUCAAGGGCACCAUGUUGCAGCAGACCAUCGGAUGGGUCGGCCAGCAGUCGACCCGUGGCAUCAGCUUCUGGGCUGGUGGUUGUGCCGCACCAAACGCAUGCUGCAACGAUUGCACUGGACUUGAGCAAGGCUCCGAGACAUACCUUGGAUAA